AUGGACAUUCCAGUCGCCCUUGCCUUUCUCCAGAGGUUGUUUGAUCGUGCUCAAAUGAAUGUCCACAAUCGUGGAUUUACUGUCGGCUAGACGCACAUGGCGACCUGAAAUAAAAUAAAAAUAAUGAGUACUACUUUGAGUACCAGUUCACAGACAGCGUCACACUAAACAUUACGCGUGGUAAUAGAAAUCAACGAACAGGAAUAGGCUGGAAUUCCGGGAAUUAUUCAAAAUACUUCGACUUACAACAGUUUUGGAUCGCUUAGAACCAUGCGUUCAGAAUAUAAAAAAACUGUCACCUAGUGGAUGGAGACAAACAACAAUCGGAUCAACUUGAUCGAUCUCUGCCGAUUGCAAACUCUGGAAGUGUUGGAAGCGAUCAAUCCCUCCCCAGAGACCGGUUAAUCUAUCAUUCAUGAAUCGAGCAUGUGAACCGAUAGAGAGUUUUAUCAUAGAGGUGGUAGGUAGUUUGAAUGAACUGAGUGCCCAAAAGCCUUCAAAGUAAGUUAAAUUCAGAAAUCGGGCGAUUAUGUCCUUACACCCGUGGUAAUUCUGUGUGACUUUAUUAUUCCUCACUGGCUCAUUCUGGGUACAAUUUAAAUUCAGUAGCCAGUCUCAUGAACUGUCGGUCGAAAUACUGAAACGCAUUUCUGAUUAAGGAGGAUUAUUCGAUUGGGUUUGUAAUACUGCAUAUCAUGCGGCACAAUCCCAUAACAUUUCGUCUACGUCAGGAUGCCGGCUGUUGAAGGCAUUUCUUUUCGGCCACCGUUAAAAAACGGCUAUCUGAGUAAUAUGAUUGUACCCCUUGGAUUUUUGGUGUCUUUAUAAGUGCAAGUAGAUUAUAUAAGAAACACGACUAAAAAUAACCUUUAUUGGACUUUUUCGGUGGUGAAUCAUGCCUUCCUCAAAUUUCUCGCUCGGAGAAAGGGCAUCUUAGGUUUAAAAAAAUAUUUUGAUCCCCGUAUAAGUCUUAGCCCGAUCGGCCGUUGCAUUUGCAUUUAGAGUUUACAUUCUACAAGCUGUAUAUAUUUCAUGUGAGGAGAAUCAUUCGCCCCUCUAUGCUAUUAAGGAGGUGUCAUAUGGGGGGGGGGGGUCAUAAAACUGUGACAAUUACGUGUGCCAUGCCGGCCAUUUCAUAAGGAGUAUUAGUUAAAAUACGGAUUUGACGUAAAUGGUAAUGUCCUCACGAACUAACGAGUUAUAUCUCACGAGCCCCUAGCCGUAAAGGCAGCAAGUAAAACUGAGCAGUGAAUAAUAUAAAGAUUUUGAACGUUAAGAAAACUGACAAAAGAACACGACGGUGGAUCACGCUAGCAAGGCGGGUUGUACAGGUGUGUCGUUUUUCGUCACAUUCAAACAAGCAAUGCGGGCCAAGAAAACAGGACUAAAUUGUGAAAGGUAAAUUACAGAUACAGAUACAGAUACUCUUUUCUAGAGUAUAAACCUGGAAGAAAUGAUCUGCUACCAAAUGGGUAUGAGGAAGACAUAUUCUUGCCCAUGUUUCCUAUAAAAAUAAGUUGAAUUUAUAAGAGCAUCGCAAAUGAAGGGGAUAAAAUUCUACUCUUUAAGCAGAUAUUUCUCCCGGAUGCGGAUUCUCAAGCGGCUGGAAGGAAGUUCAUUCAGAAGCCGACAUCUGGGUGUGACUGAGCUAUACUGGGAUUUGGUUACAUUACGAUCAACCCUACAAAUCCACUCAAGCAAUCCUUCCUAAUCAAAAAUGCAUUUCAACAUUGUGGUUAACAUUUCAUGAGUUUAGUCUUUAGGUGUAAGCAAGCUUAUAAAGGUGAGUGUUUAUGCGAAAUAUUAGCGUAGGCUAGAACGGGGCAUCAUCCGAGUGUAGUUAGUGGCCGGUAAAACAACUGGGUAAGACUCAGGAAUAGGAGUCCCUCUCUACUCCCCCCGACGCGAAAUUCCAAGAAGGAAAAAUAUUCCCGUGUCCUAACUCUAGCCCCAUAUCUUAACCUAUACCUUGACCCUAAACCUAGACUCAACUCUAAUGCUGACAUUAGUCAAUAGAAGCGAAGGAACGAGUCCCAGGAAUCAGUCUUGAAAAAGGAGACAAGAUUGCUAGGGCAAGAGUUUUAUUAGCCUGACGUUCCGAAUUCCUGCUCGAACCCAUCAUCAGAGACAAAAGCAGAUACGGGUGGUUCAUGCAUAAGGGGCUGCAGUAUUUAGAGGAUGCAGUAGCCAUGCUACCGCAUAACGCAUUCACGGCUCCCCCUUUCAUCAGGGAUCGUUGCACGUGGUCGGGGAGCGCACAGGUGAACACUUUUCCCAACACCAGGGUCAGCGCGUCAGAUGGUCGAGCAACCAUCACACCAACAUCCAACGAACGUGAUGAGAUUGCAGCAAUUAAUUCCCGAAUAAUUUUUAGCCCCAUCUGUCGUUGUAUUUGCGCCUAAGGUUCACAGUCCACAAGUUGUAUGCGAUCCAUGUAAGACUAAUUAUUCAUUCCCCCACUGACAUUAGGGAGGCAUCAUAUGGGGUCAUAAAACUUGGCGAAUGACGUGUACCAUGUUGUGUGCUUUAUAAGAAGCAUUAGUAAAAGUACUUAUUCAAUACUGUUUGAAUGGACAUUUUGCAGUCCAAAAAUUCAUGAUUACAAACAUGAAAACUCUAAAGAUACUCUUUCCCCUAGUAUAAAACUGGAAAAGAAGUUAUCUUUUACUAAAUGGGUACGAGGAAGAAAUAUUUUGCUCAUGUUUCCUGUAAAAACUGUUGAAUUUAAAAGAGCAUCGAAAAUAAAAGGGAUAAAAUCCUACUCCCUCAGCAGAUAUUUCUACCAGAUGCGGAUUCGUAAGCGGCUGGAAGGAAAUUCAUCCAGAAGUCGGCAUCUUGGUGUGACUGAGCUAUGCUGGGAUUGGGCUACAAGGUAAGUAAUUUUACAAACCAAUCGAAAUAGUCCUUCCUAGUCGAAAAUGCAUUGCAGCAUUUGAGUCGACAUAUAAUGAGACUGAUCACUUACUCUGUAUUAACAGAAAAGAAAUUACUGCAUGUGGCAAUAAGUAUAGUAAGUGAAAUAUGCAGUAACACGCACCUUAAGCACAUUGGAAACCAGCUGAUCACAGUCAGAUUUUCGCGAGUCUUCUUACCCUUAACCACUCGUCAACGUCAACAGCUAGUCGUUUAGGUAUACAGAGAUCUAAUUGGCGGACGAAUUAUGGCUUUUCAUGUUUUCCCGAUGCGCACAUGACCAGUUCCAUUGUAAAAUACCGGCGGUUCCUUAAACAGGACAUGGGAAGAAGAACGCCCUUCCGAGUAAUGGAAGUGUGCUAGCGCAUAAUUCUGAAAAUGGCUAAGUAUUCUCGUGUCCUAACUCCCAAAAAUAACCUUAAUAUAAAACUAGACCGUUGCCCUAAUCUGGUUCCUAACUCUUCCCUAAAUCUUAACCAUGCAGAUAACACUGGCCCCUAUCAUAACCCUAAACUUAAUCCUAACCUGCGUUACCGCUAACUGGGAACACUUUACUAACUUAACCCUAACCCUUACCUUAAAUGUAGCCCUCAUCUUACUGAAAGUUGACUCAAAGCCAGCCUUAUUGCAGGAGGUUCCUAUUCUCAUGUCCUGUUUAGCCGCCCACAUAAGUUAGUCCUACCAAAAUAUCUUUCAGAGACUUCAGCAUCUGCGGUAUAGUAUAAGCGCGAAUAGAGAUGAGGCGAAGUUCAUUUGGGAGGAAUGUUUAGUUUCCAGUUACUUGACUAAAUCACCCUGCCAACAUCACCCUCAAGGAAGGGGAAACGAUAGAUUGUUGACGAUUACAGCAUAUGAACAUAGAUUAUUUCGGCCGUAAAUAUAAGAUUGAUGAUCAAGACUGGCUACGAGAGACAGGAAUUUACGCAACUUCUGGGCGUCUGCCACCAGGCGAAGAUGAAUCUUCGACUUCCGCCCUUCGGUUGGACGCGGCUGAUCUAGUCUUGAGCAAUCGCAAUCAUCUGUGCAAAUUAAUCGAUAUUACCUUCCCGAAAUGAAGAAAGCGACAGAAAAAGAUAAGAAAGAAGAAUUAUGCUGGUAGUAAUAAUAACAAUAAUAAUAAUAGGAAGAAGAAGAAGAAGAGGAAGAAGAAGAAGAAGAAGAAGAAGAAGAAGAAGAAGAAGAAGAAGAAGAAGAAGAAGAAGAAGAAGAAGAAGAAGAAGAAGAAGAAGAAGAAGAAGAAGAAGAAGAAGAAGAAGAAGAAGAAGAAGAAGAAGAAGAAGAAGAAGAGGAAGAAGAAGAGGAAGAAGAAGAGGUAA